AUGGGGAAGAAGUCUGGCGCGGAUUCUACCGCUGCCGAGACACUUGAAGGCCCAGAGCUCGUGCUAGAUGCUACCCACGGCGCCAGCGCCAUGGAUGAUCUCAAAAGUGCUUCGCGUCGCUUGUACGACGAGUUACUGCGCGCGCCUCGCCAGCGACUUGCUGCGUUCGAGGAUGUUAGCGAUGUUAUCGCCUCACAUGCAGGUGGGUAUUCUCAUGCUGCAACUGCUUCCAAGUCUUGGUGGUAUGGCUUGCCGUACUCAUUGGUAUAUGCUGCUCCUACCAUCGUCUAUGUAGAGAGUGUGCCAGCGCCGCUAGUCAAAAUCUUGCUGCAACUGCUCUUCAACACGGCCAGUGUGUAUCGCGAUAACGCCUCCAAGGUCGAGGUUUGCACUCUCUUGGAGACCCUUUUGGAGCGGUAUGUCGAUUGCUCACCUGAUUUUGGCUCGAGCAAUGUUCAAUUUGCUUUUUUUUCCAUCAAGUUCUUCGCCACUUGUUUCACAUCGCCACCCGUAAUUUACGCGUACUGCAUUGGCAUGUAUGGGGCUAGAUUUCCCGACACAACAGCAGAAUACGCCGUUCCUCUGCUCGAAGACGUUGUGGCUCAGCUAUGCUGUGCUGGUCAAGCUGGACACGGUCAUGUCAGUGCUGUACAAUGGUCGUGCAUGGUCGUGACACGUACCCGGACUUGGUUGCAGGCCAACAAAGACUUUUGGAAGCGUCUGGUGGUGGUGCAAGCUUGUUUGCUGACCAAAGUUCGCGCCAGCCCCAACCGCUUUCAGCGUCUGGCGGACCGCCGCUUCAGCCUUGCCUGUGCUGCCAAUACGCACUUGAUGGCUGAUUAUCUCAAUGUUUUGCAAUCCGAGGAUAACACAGUCGACAUGUUACUGCCACACGUGCUCAGCAGCAAGAGCCACGUUGCUCAGGCUGCGCUUGCAGGCAUUCGUGCCGCUCUGGCUGGAUGCACCCAGCCUAGUGGCUUGAUCACCGCUUUAGAACAUGUGAUGGACCGCGUCCAGGGCAAGACCGGGGGAAAGAGCCACUUGACGGCCGCCAAGAGCACGGCCCCGGUGCGGGCACAAGCAUUGUUGGUUGCAGAGCGGGCCUACUCGAUUGACGACCUGAACGUGUUGCAAGAGCUCAUUCCUUUGCUUGAAAAGGUUUUGAGCCAAGCGCCCAAACAAAAAACAUCUACCGAUGGCCAAGCAGAAGUUGCCUUGGCAGCCUUGCUUGUUCUGCGACUAGCCGAGGUCCAGCCUGAGUUGGUGAGCCAAGCGUUUUUAACGUUGUGUCUCAAGGCCAUGACGCUGCACAGUCGUCGGGACGAUAGCGGGGCACUUGCCAGCUGGUCACAACACGUCAUUGCUUUGACGCUUCACGAAGAUUGGAGCGUGCGAAAGUUGGCGGUUACUCAAGUGGCUCAUUUCAUGAUGGGCACAUCUUCUGGCGUUCAAGCGGCACUGCUGAAUGCCUUUGAAGAGAGGGUUCACGCUCAGUACGCCGCUGACGUGGCGACUAAAUCCAACGUGCGUUACAAAUCGAUUGAGCUGGAUCUGGUCCUCCGCAAGUUUGGCUUCAACCCCGAGAGCUUCAUUUCAGAGCAUUCUGCGGCCGUCCUGAAGUGCUUGCUGGAGCUUUCGCGAAGCGCCAUCGCAACAGACCAACAAGAAGAGCUUCGCAAGAAUGAUGCCGACUACGCUGACAAGCUUUGGGAACUUGAGGUGCGCAAGGAGCUGGCUCGCAAGCGAGGACAGAAGUUGGAGGCACCCAAGCGUCAAGUCAAGCUGACCAAGCAACAGCAAGAACGUGCUGACAGCACACUUGCCAAGGAGGCAGAGCUUCGUGCCAAGAUCACAUCCGUCGACGAAGAAGUCUUGACCACGGAGGACGAGAUCAAGGAUGUGGCGCAACUUGGAAUGAAGUUGUGGAAGGAGCGCCAUUUUUUGUUGCCGGCUGAUGCGUGCAACCGCAUGAUGCGUCCUUUGGUUUCGGAACACGAUGCCAUUCGGACGGGCGCCGCCAACGCUUUGCAAGCUGCUUUGCUGGUGCAUCCCGAGGUUGUCGACAACGUCAUCACGGACCUCCUGAGCGAAUACCAGCGCCUGCUCGUGAUUCCCGAGCCCGUGCGCGACAAGAUUGGCAACAUCAUAUCACCACCUUUUGAGGAUCCCUGGCCUUCGCGAUGCGGUGUCGCCAAAGGUCUCUCGGCUUGCACGGAGCAUUUGACCAAGGAGCAAAUUGUGCGCAUAUUCCGCUUUUUCACCGAAGAGGCGCUGGGUGACCGCAGCAACGAGGCUCAGGGUGCCAUUUUGAACGCCGGUAUUGCCAUUAUCAACGCACGUGGCAAGGAGUACUUGACAGAUUUGUAUGAAAUCUUUGACAGCAACAUGGCCCAAGCCAGCAAGAGCAUUCACGAAGAUCGCAUGCGCCAGGGUGUCAUUGUGAUGCUUGGUGCUUUGGGUGGUCAUUUGGAUAAGGGAGAUGAACGUGUGCCACAAAUUGUGCGCACACUGGUUCAGGCGCUGGGCACACCGUCUGAGGCCGUGCAGUCCUCGGUGGCCAAGUGCCUGCAACCCUUAGUCAAGGCCAAUAAGGAUUGCGCCCCUGAAGUUAUUCCGCGCCUGUUGGAGUCAGCCUUCGGCAAUGGCGACUAUGGCCAGCGGCGUGGUGCAGCAUAUGGCCUUGGCGGUGUUGUUGCUGGUGCCGGUGUCAUCGCUUUCAAGCGUCAAGGCGUUUUUGAGGCCGUGGUCGAGAACAUUGAGCACAAGGUGUGCUUUGGUGACGCAAAGAAGGAUGUCCGUGCCGCUGCACAGGAGGCCGCCCGAGUCAUGAUGAGCCACAUGAGCGACCAAGGCGUCAAGACAGUUUUGCCGUUUCUGCUCGAAGCACUGGACGACGAGAGCUGGCGCACCAAGCAGGGUAGCGCGCAACUUCUCGGUGCCAUGGCAUUCUGUGCACCCAAGCAAUUGUCCAUUAGCCUGCCCAAGAUUGUGCCACGCCUCGGCGAAACACUGACUGAUUCGCACGUCAAGGUGCAAGCCGCUGGCAAGGCAGCACUCAAGAGCAUCGGCAGCGUUAUCAAGAACCCUGAAAUUCAAGCCAUUGUGCCAACCAUUCUCAAGCGUGCUCUCAAAGAGCGCAAGACAGAUGGCAAAAAGAAGGCCAGCCAAAUUAUUGGCAAUCUGUAUGCCUUAACGCUACCUAAGGAUUUGGUUCCAUAUCUACCAAAGGUCAUGCCGGGCCUGCAAGCCGCACUCGUGGAUCCGCUGCCCGAAGUCCGUGGCGUUUGUGCCAAGGCUAUCGGUGCCAUGGUUAAGGGCAUGGGUGAAGAGCACUUUACAGAUCUCCUGCCUUGGCUCUUGGAAACCCUCUCCAGCAACCAGGGCACCGUCGAUCGCUCUGGAGCCGCCCAGGCCGAGGUGCGCGAGGGUCAUAUGAUGCUUAUGAUCUAUCUACCGGCAACUUUCGGGCAAGACUUCAAGCAUCACGUGGCAGAUGUUAUUCCUUGUGUUCUGCGUGGCCUGUCCGAUGUGGAGGAAGGAGUGCGAGAUGCGUCCAUGCGUGCAGGUCAGCGCAUCAUCAAGAACUACUCUGAUGCAUGCAUUGAGCUGCUGUUGCCCCAGCUAUUGGGUAGCCUGCUGGACGAAAACUGGCGCAUCCGCCAAUCUUCCCUGCUGCUGUUGGGCGAUCUGCUCUAUCUUCUUUCGGGCACGUCGGGUAAAAAGUCCACGGCUAGUGCCUCAGAUGACGAAGGCUUUGGUACCGAGGCUUCGACCGCGCGCCUAACCAAGUCUCUUGGCCACGAGCUGCGCAAUGAGGUUCUGGCUGCCGUCUACAUGUGUCGCCAGGAUGUGCAGUUGGUGGUUCGCCAGGUUGCCGUACACGUGUGGAAGGUCAUUGUGCCGCACACGGUGCGGACGUUGCGCGAUAUCCUCUCCGAACUCAUCACGCGCAUUCUGAGCAACUUGGCGGAUGAUCUCGAGGAUCGCCGUUCUGUGGCAGCCAAGACGUUGGGUGAGCUGGUCCGCAAGCUCGGUGAGCGGGUUCUGCCUGAUGUUUUCCCGCUUUUGGAAGCAGCAGCUGCCUCGGACGAUCUCAACAAGCGUCGCGGUGCUUGCUACGGGUUUGGCAACAUCAUGACGGUCCUCAGCGACGAGCAGAUUGAAAAGUACAGCGAAAUCUUGCUCACAGCUGUGCGUAAUGCGCUGGGUGACAGCGAUGCCGACAUUCGUGCAGCUGCAGCUGAAAGCUUUGCUAGUUUGCACACAUCCUUGGGCAACCAGGUCAUCGAAGACAUUUUACCAGUUUUGCUGAACCAGCUUUCUGGCAGCAACAGUGCCGACGAUGCGCUUGAUGGUCUACGUCGAGCGAUGGCGACUCGUUCGAAGGUGGUUUUGCCCUUUUUGGUGCCCCGCCUUCUCGAACCGCCGAUCACGGCCUUCAACGCCAAGGCAUUGGCACAACUCACAACGGUGGCUGGACACGCACUCAACUACCAACUGUCUCUUAUCCUGACGACUCUCAUGGCCGCUUCGGUCAAGGCGGAGGGUGCUGAGAAGUCUGCCAUUCGAGAUGCGGCCAGCAUCGUGGCUAGCUCUGUUGACGAACUGGGUGUACGCGAUCUUCUGCAGGACAUGGGCGAGGCUUUGCGACAGGGCGAUCAGUCUCGCAUCUCUGCAGCUAAUGUUUUGGCAGACUUUUGUGAGAAGAGUCAACUUGACGUGGCACAGGAAGCCGAUGACCUUUUGCGUGUGAUGAUCCCGGCCUUUGGUGAUGGCCACCCAGAGGUUGUGCACGCGGCAUGGCGUGGUCUUGAUGCCUUACUGAAGCGCCUGCUGCCCAUCAAGGAGCGCCACGAAGAGUUCUUGACUCUUGUGCUCUAUCAGUUGCAACAGCUGCCUCACAACGAGCGUGGGUUUGUUUCGGGUCUGAGCAUUCCAAAGGGGCCUGGUCCGUUCAUGCCCUUGCUGACGGCUAAUCUGACGGAGGGCCGCGGCAGCGCUCAGGAGCAGGCAGCAGCAGCCUUCGGUCUUAUCUUGGAGGCCUCGGAUCCAUCUGUGCUCAAGCCUUACGUUGCGACCAUCGCCGGUCCUAUUCUGCGCAUUUUCUCAACCAACGCAGUGCGCCUCAAGAUUGAACUGCUCCGCACGUCGCUGACCAUGAUGAAGGCGCUUGGUGCCGGUGUCAAGACGUUUUUGCCGCAGUUUCAGCCAGCUACGAGUCCCAAUGCCAGUGUGGCGGAGCAAAGUGCUCAAGUUUCAGCGGCCCUUGUUCGCCACUUGCUGAUGCAAGACGUUGUGAGCGCCGCGGAUGCCAAGUUUGUGGCCCGGAGCCUGGAGACUGUAAUCAAGGAACCUGACGAUUUUGAGCCAGUUGGUUCCAAGCUUGUUAUCAACGUAUCGCAUUACCUCAUCGGCCGAGUUGAAGCGGGUAAGAAAGAGCAGUCGUGCUGCCUUCAUAUGCUGGUGGAUCGUUGCUUGGUCCACUUGUUGUGUCUCAAGGCCACGGAUGCAGGCCUGACGGAAGCGUACUGCCAGCAUGUCAAUGCCGGUGAUGCCGAAGAGCUCAAGCGUCAUGUCAAGCGUUCUACAGAGCGUCGGAUCGGUGAGCUCAGUGACGACGAAGAUGACGUGUACGAUUGGAGCCGCUGA